UGUAAAUAAAAGCAGUUCUUUAAUUUGAAACAGUAUUCUAGGAGAGGUGAAAGGGUUUGCCAUAAAGAUUAAGAGUAGAUUUCAAAUGCUAACUUGAAAACCAAGGCAAACAUUUGAACACUGAGGUGGAUUUACCAAUCAUUUUAAUACAGACAUCAGAGGUUCAUCAGGGAUUUGUUGCCAUGAUAAUGUCAUUUACAUAAAAUGUAAAUAAAAAGUAAACAAGUACAACUAGCACUAAAGUCAGUGAUACUAAAGAGAUAUGAUCAUAGGAUUAUAUGCACUUUUAUAAGGUAAAAAAUGGCUUUAGCAGCAAUGCCAAGAGACCGGGAACCAGAGGUGGCGAGGUUUAUAGAUACAUACAAGUAUGACCAGGAUAUGAACGUAAAACGUGACAGAUUUGGUGGUGGAACUAGUUUGCCAUUGAACAGUGAUGGCUAUGAAGACAAACAAAAAGUUCUUCGUGAUGAACGCCACAAAGAUUGGCUUGUCCAGCAGGAUAAGCCCAGGGUUCUGCGAAAUGCCUAUUAUGAAGAGCCUACAGAUCGGGUAUAUUAUCGAGUUGGGACACCCGAACAGGGCUUCCCAGCUGGUUUCGGAGAGUAUGAAAAACAACGUCGGGAAAAUAAUUUAAUCAGGCAAAAAGACUAUAAUGAUAUGAUUAAAAAGCAAAGACAAACGGAACAACAGAAAAUGGAAGCCCGACGCCAUGCUCCCCCACCCCGACCUGCUCAGCCACCUGGACCGCAGAUGGACUAUAACUUAGCAGGUGAACAAGCCAGAGCAGAGGAGAGAAGGGCAUAUCAGGAUUAUAUGGGGAAUUACCAAAUUGGUAUAAAUGUUCCUCAAAGGCCAGUCAUGGAUUAUUGGGAGAACCAAAAAUUCCUAAAAGAGGAACGCAGAAGAGAAUAUAAUGAAUUGAUGGAGAAGAAAGCCAAAGAGGAAAGAUACUGGGCCAUGCGUGGUCGCCCAGUGACUCCACCUGGUGGUCUUAACAUAGGCAAUUACGACAGACAAGUUAAAGAACAAGCACAAGCUAAGAAACAGGAGUAUAAAAAGAUGUUAGAUGAGCAAAAAUUAGUGCAACUAAAAUUGAGAGCAAUGGAUCAUGUUGCUGAUGUAUCACCAAAAUAUGUCCGAUAUCGAGAUGAGGAGCGCCCCCUAGUGGGAUCUCAUAGUGAUUUUAAUCCAUACAUGCAGGAGAAGGAAAGCAAGGACAAAUUUCGGAGAGAUUUAAGGAGUAAGCCCAUACAAAAUCCCUCACCCUCCACUCAAAAUGUUGUAACUGAAACUUCCCCUCGAGAGGACCCUAACUUUAAAGCUUUCCUUGACGUAGAAAAAGAAAAAGUGAAGAAUAAAAGGAAAUAUGCUGAAGAGUUGUUAAAGCAACAAAAAGAGCAUAUGUUUUUGAGAGCCCGCCAAGAACCUGAGAUGGCGGUGUUAGAUAGACAUGGUCAGCCCUCACAGUAUCUUGCCGACAAACCUCCUGCAGGGCCGAGCUAUGGUAGAGGCAGAGAUGAGUCAAGUAGACAAACUCCAGCAUUUUGGAAUGAGGGAAAGCAGGCACAAGGUCCACGCUCCUUGAAUUCUGAUGCUUCCAGAUCAAAUCGAUCUAGUGCUUAUGUUCCCAUGGCCUUAAAGACUGAAUCUUACUCACGACCUAUACCUGAGCGACCUACAUAUGGACAGCCUCCAUAUCCUGGUGUAAAUCUUAAUCAAAACGAUGAAAGGUUUAAUCCAGAUGCACCUGCUAAGUUCCAGCCAAAGUCCCCAGAAAAGCCGGUAGACAGGGAGUUCCUUAAAGUACCAAUGAGAGAUGACGAAAGACCACAAGAACUUGGCACUCCACUGGCCUUUAAACUUGAACCACAGACCCAGUCUUUAAAAGAUCAAUCCAGCUAUGAACAGCAAGCACACCAUGAGUCUGGUCAGAUCCCCAGUAAGGCCACAGGUGAAUGGUACUUAUCAGAGGGUACUGGGAGACUAAGGUCCCCAGCUGAUCUUCCACCACGGUCACCAGAAAAACCAGCUAAUCCAGAAUGGCUUAAGAUACCAGUGAGGGAUGAUGAAAGACCACCAGGAGUUGGCACUCCGCUGGCUUUUAAGACAAAUUCCUACUCACGCCAGCCACCCCCUGCGCCUGAGAAGGAUUAUUCACGUCAGCCGCCUCCUGCACCUGAGCAAGGGUACUCGCAUCAGCCACCCCCUUCACCUAAGAAAGGUUACUCUCGUCAGCCACCCCCUGCACCUGAGCAAGGAUACUCUCGGCAGCCGCUACCUCCAAGUCGCGAUCAAGGCUACCGUGCACCACCUUUCUCGAGUGACGGUCAAAAGCCAUACAGAAAAUACGAAAAUGGUCCAGAAGGUUUAUUUGGGAGACCAGACCAGUCAAGGGAAAGACCAAGGUCCAGGAGGUCUUUAGAUGCAGAUAGAAAAUAUUCUCCGACCAAGAGGGAAAAUGUAGCAAUGCCUGUGAACCAGAUCUCACCAAGGAGGAUGAAAAAUGCCUUAUAUACGGACUCUGAAGAAGUUAGUACAAAACGUAGAGAAGCUAGUAAAGAAAGACAAAAAGAAUAUAAUGAUCUUCUUAGGAUGAAGGCUGAGAAGAAGAGACAUGAAGAUGAAAUGUUUAGGCAGCAACAGCAGCAGAGCAAGCCUGCUGAGGUGGUGAAAAAUCCAUUCUACAGUUCAGAUGAUUACGAAAAGUUCCAGAAAGAACUUCAGAGAAAGCAGGGAGAAGAGUACAGAGAGUUUUUAUCUCAGCAAUACCAGCCAAGUAAAGACGCACAGGGCCUUCCUCUUGGGCAGUAUAGGUAUGAACCAAAACGUCUUCAACUGGAAGCAGAAAGAAAUAAGGAAUACAAUCAAAUAUUGCAGAAGCAACUUACUAGUAGAAAGGAAAAAGACAUAGAUAAGAACCCGCAAGGCCUUAAUAUAGAUGUAGGCUAUCAUCACCAAAGACAGGCUUGGUUAGAAAGACAAAGAAAUAAAGAGUAUAAUGAACAUUUAAGAAAGGGAGAAGAGCAAAGAAGACAUUCAAGAGAUGGCAACUCUGCACCAAAAACUACAUACGGUUCAUCAUUUAAUCAACAACCUGCCAGUCCAAACAGAAUCCACCAGCAGACACCUCCAAGCCGUACAAAAUCAAGGGAGCACAGAUCUGAUCAGAUGACAGAUGUUCUAACAUUUAAAGGUCCAGAGGAAAGAGUUACCCAUGGGAGAGAUCCUCCUGGACACAAUGGGUAUUCAAGACACGAGCAGUGGAAAAAUCCUCUCCCUGACAGAGAUUAUAGAGAGCAGAAUGGAUAUUCUGCAAAUGUUAAUGAACCUAUAGGUUCAGGGGAACAAAGGUCUGAUCAGAUGAACGAUGGAGUUACCCAUGGGAGAGAUCCACGUGGGCAGAAUGGGUAUUCAAAACAAGAACAGUGGAAUAAACCUCCUCCUGUUACAGCUUAUGAAGAGCAUAAUGGGUAUUCAUCAAAUACUAGUGAACCUGGGGAUUACAAACCAAAGCUGCCUGAUUAUUUAACAGCCAAUCCAAAUACCUUCCACCAGCAAAUGACAGCCCCUUAUCCAAAAGCGUAUUCAGCACCUCUGGAGCCUGGUUCUUCACCAGCAACACCAAGCAAGCUUUCCUUACCCGUUGGCCAGUAUGAUGAGUUGCGUCCUUUUAUUGUUAAACAGAGAAAUAAGGAGUACAACAGUCUAAAAGAUAAGUUGGGACGUAAGCAAAUUAACCAGCCUAAGUCACCUGAAACUAGAGCAACUUCUCUACCAAUUGGCAAUGAUGACAGGAGAUCAACAUUUGAAAAGUGGAGAAAUCGGGAAUAUAGGCCGUUACAGAAGGGGCUUCCAUCUAUAAAGAAAAUUGGUGUUACUCCUGAAGCAACUGGCAUAAGUCUUCCUGUUGGACAAUACGACAAAGCAAGACCACUUCUUGAAAAACAAAGGAAUGUUGAAUAUAACAAACUUAUUGAUACUGGGAGAAUAGGAAAGAAAUCUUUACGUGAAAAAAUUUCAACUCCCCCAAACCUGCAAGGUUUGCCUAUAGGACAACAAAAUUAUGAGCGCAUGUAUAGAGCAAUGGAGCAUGAGAGAAAUAGGGAAUACAAUGAAUUCUUGCAGCAGAAAUAUGGUGGAAAUAAGACCUUACGGACUACCAGGAGUGAACCAAACAGAACAGAUCAUCCUAAAUCCUCAUUCUACUACGGAAACGAACUGGAGCAUGCAGAAAAAAAGAGAAUGUUAGACGAGGAAAGAAGAAAUGAAUACCAUCAGUAUAUGAAGGAGCACAAUCAUCCACGUUCAACGUCUAUAGAAAUCCCAUCUGAUGUGGAUUCAGGUUUGCCAAUAGGGCAACAGCAUCAUGAGGCUAUGAGAAAAUUUCUCAGCGAUCAAAGAAAUAAGGAAUAUAACCAACUAGUAGACAGGAAAAAAAAUGAGGUACGAAAUAGAAACUGGAAUUUUGAUCAGAAUGGUGUUCUUGAGUUGCAUGGUGAUGAUGCUGUACAAUCCAGGCAGCGUGAACUACGGGCAGAGAGAAAACAAGACUAUAAUGCCUAUAUUAGUCAGAUCAAGGCUCCCGCUAGGCGUACCUGGCCUGAACCCGAGGGCCUAGGAGCGCUAUUAGUAAGAAAAGGAGAAUAUGAUAAUAUACGACAAAUGCAUGAUGAAGAAAGGAAAAGAGAUUACAUUGAUCGAAUGCAGAAAAGACGAGAGAUGGGUCUUGACAUGACCCCACCUAGUGCACCAGCUGAACCGUUACGAGCCAGAUACGAAUAUUCCAAUCCUAUGGUCAACGUACUUGGAAGAUACGACGACUUUAGAAAGAAACUUGCAGAUGAUAGAAAAAGAGAUUUCCGGACGUUUAUGGACCAGGUGAAAGAAGACGACAGUCAUAGAAGACAUUAUGUUAGCACGGCACCAACUAUUGCAAGGGAGGAAACACCUAUCGUUUAUUCAAUGGGAACAUAUGAAACGGAAACUAAGAUUAAAAUCAGAGAAGAAAGAAAGAAAGAUCUUGAAGAAUUUGUUCAUGAAAAGCAGAAACAUUGGACUCCACGUACUACUGUCAAAGAGAACCUGAUGCCUCAUGUAGCGUCAGCAGAGACACCUCUUGUAAAUUACAUGGGAAGCUAUGACAAUGACAGGCUAAAAUAUAGGUUGGAGAGAAACAAAGAAUUACGCGAUUUUUCGCAGAAGAAAAAACAGGAGCUUCGAAAUCCAUAUGACAAUUACGUUUAUCCGACUGUCGCCGUGGCAGAAAAGCCGAUUGUCGACUUCUUGGGAACGGAAGUUGAAAAACGGAAACAACAUCUUCGUGCGGAACGUAGACAAGAUUACGAGCAGUACACAAAGCAGGUAGCCUCAAAUAACCAAAAGGUGACAAAUCCAGGUCGUCGGCAUGACUUCGUUGAUAGCACCAAUGGGCCUUACGAUGGUUUGUUCCAUGGUCUAGGGGAACAUGGAAACAGAAGUGAUGAUCUCAAUAGAGAGAGACAAAAGGAUUAUAAUGAUAGGCUUGAACAGAAAUAUGCUGGCAAGGACCGACCAUCAGGUAGACCAAAGUGGGUGCAAGAAUCUCUUCCUAAUGAUACUGACCGUGGGCGUUCACCAAUGAAAACGCAGCCACCAGUCGACCAGUACCAGCAAAUGUUGAAUGAGAAACGCAGAGAAGAAGCCAAUUUAAGGCGUUUUGAAGACCCUGAAUACCAAGAGCGGUUAUCUCGGGGAAGGGACCGAGGGGAAGCUGGACAGAGAUAUGGAUAUUAGAGAAGCAAGCACAAGACAAUACUGGUACUUAAAUCAGAUAAACCAGUGAAGGUUUUUCGACACAUCAACAAGACAUUACAAUGUAUAUUUAGUGAUAUAAACCAAUGGAGGUUUUUCGACACAUUAAUAAGACAUUACAAUGUAUAUUUAGUGAUAUAAACCAGUGGACGUUUUUCGACACAUCAGUUGAACACAACACUGUAUAAUUAGUGGAAUAAUUUGGGAAUGAUUAAUCUUGAAAUGUAGAGUCUGCUUUAAAUCAUUGAAAAGUGCUUGAAAUUAGUGCUAAUGAUGAUAAAUGUCCAAUAAUUUCAGAAAAUGUACUGGCAUAUGAAUAUUUGAAAGUGCUUUUAAUUAGCUGAACUGUAUGCAUGAUCUGUGUGCCAAAUGAUAAAGGAUGAAUAUGUUUUCAUUUCUUACAUAUUUCCAUGUUGUUUGUUCCAAGCAAUUAUUGUAUGCAGACUUAUAUUAGGAAAGCCUUUUUAUCUUUAAGCAAGAAUAGUUUACACUGGAAAAAUGUUUUUGAGUUUGUUAAAUUAUACUGCAUAGUUCUGUAUUCCGUCCAAUUUUUAUUGUUAGAUAUAUAUAUUAUUAGAUUUUAAAGCAGUUUUGUUUUUUUUCAAUAAAAGAAAAUUAAGCACUUGUGGUGCUUGCUGGAAACAUAUCUUGCACCUUGUAAGUUUCUGACACUUCUACUUCUGUAACAUUUCUCUCUCACCUGGUAUUGAUUCGACCGUGUUUGAAUAUCUAAACCCAUUGCAGCUAAUGAAAAUAAAUGGUUAUUCGUCUCAUUUCAGUGAAAAACAUUUUUUUAUGUCAUGAUGUUAGUAAAUACAUGGUGAUAUUUGAUUUUUUAGGCCAAUUGCGAAUGAGUUGCUGCGAUGGAGAUCUCCAUUUUGAAUUACCCGGAAUAAAAGAAUACAAAUGUUUUAUGAAGCCCAGUAAAUUUAUAUAUAUACUUGAUAUAUUUGAUAAUAUAUAACUGAAUUUUCUUAGUAUUGCUUUGUCACAUAUACAAUUUAUUUGUCGUUUUUUACACUGUAAUUUCUUUUGGUGUAUUCUAAAACUUUUAUCAUUAUGUGCCAUUAAUUAAUUGGGCCAGAGUUAAAAAAAAUGUAUGUUUACCAUUCUCACAACCAGAAGUAUACAAGGAUCUCAUGUAACCUCAGAACAUGAAUGCCAGUGAAUAAUGUUUACAGUGAUCCAGUAUGUUACACAAUGCCUGUGAUACAAAAUUAAUGUGAUUUUAAAUAUUAAACAUUUUCGUUAGUGUGUAUUUUAUGUUUUAAAAAGGUUAUUUUAUAAUUUAUUUUUGUUUCUUCUUAUUUUUAGAAAUUUUCAUUUCUGUUUCUAUCCUGAACAUAUUUAAUUAAAGUGCAAGAUUAUAUACAUUUAUUUAAUCUAUAUAAAUCUUGUAUUUUUUCUGUUUAAAAACAACUCACUGAAUACUUUUGAGACAAAGUAUGUAUAUUUAUUACUUUCAUUAGAGAGAUACAGAUUCAUUUUGAACCUUAAUAUUGUACAAAGGUCACAGACAAGUGUGGAAUUGCCAUUGAUUAUCAACAGCAUUUUUAUAAUUGUGAUAUGUAGAUAGUAUGUUUAUUUUCAUUUCUAAUGUUUGGUAUUGUUUUGGACAUAACAUGCAAAUUGAAUAUCAUUAAAUGGAAAAUAUAGAAA